CACCACCACUACUACCACAGCGGCAGCCUCCGUUAGCACGUCAGCCUCCCUCCCUCUCAGCUGAUCUUGUAAACAAAGUCAUGGCGUCUUCUGGCAUUCUGCGGUGCUUCUCUAAGGCGGGAUUUAGGCCAAUACAGGCACUUAUCAAGCCGAAUGUCCCUGUGAGGCACCUUAACCUGCUGGAGUACCAGAGCAAGGUGCUGCUGGACAACCACGGCGUCACAGUGCAAAGGUUCCGCAUCCUAGACUCCCACAAGGGUGCUGUGCAGGCGUCCAAGGAGCUGAACGCAGAGGAGUACGUGGUGAAGGCUCAGAUCUUGGCCGGCGGGCGAGGCAAGGGACACUUUGACAAUGGGUUCAAGGGCGGCGUGCACCUCACCAAGCAGUGUGAUGAGGUGGAGACAUUGGUUGAGAAGAUGGUUGGUCACCGGCUGGUCACCAAACAGACACCGCAAGAAGGCAUCCUGGUGAACAAGGUGAUGGUAGCAGAGUCAGUUGAUAUCCUGCGGGAGACUUACUUCUGCAUCCUUAUGGACAGAGAACACAAUGGGCCAGUGCUCAUCGCCAGCCCUGACGGAGGCAUGGAUAUUGAGGAAGUGGCCGCCAAGACCCCAGACCGCCUCCUAACACUUCCUAUUGACAUCCACCAAGGCCUGACUGAUGACGUUGCUGGACAAGUGGCAGAUUUCCUGAACUUUACUGGAGAUUUGAGGUCGAAGUGUAUGCAGGAGGUGAAGAAUAUCUGGAACAUGUUUUUGGGUGUCGAUGCCACUCAGAUAGAAAUCAACCCCCUCAUUGAGACGCCGCAGGGACACGUGGUUGCUGUGGAUGCCAAGAUACAGUUUGAUGACAAUGCUGAGUUCAGGCAGAAGGACAUCUUUGGCCUGGAGGACUUCAGUGAGAGUGACCCAAGGGAGGUGGACGCUGCCAGCCAUAACCUGACCUACAUUGGCAUGGAUGGCAACAUUGGGUGCCUGGUGAAUGGUGCUGGCCUGGCCAUGGCCACGAUGGACAUCAUCAAACUUUACGGUGGAUCUCCGGCAAACUUCCUGGACCUUGGUGGCGGCGUCCAGGAGCACCAGGUGGAGCACGCACUCAGGAUCCUCACCUCAGACAAAACCGUGAAAGCAGUCUUUAUCAACAUCUUUGGUGGCAUUGUCAACACAGCCACCAUUGCCUCGGGUCUCAUCAAGGUCUACAACACCACCAAGAUUGAGGUUCCUCUUGUUGUGAGGCUGGAAGGAAACAAUGUUGAUGAAGCCAAACGUAUCCUUGCUGAAUCAGGCUUCCCCAUCGAGACAGCGAAUGACUUGGACGAGGCAGCAAAGAAGGCAGUAGCAGCCAUCAGCUAAGACACAACACCCUGGGUCUCCCUCACAAGAACAUCGGCCAAGUGUACAAACCUGAGGUAGCUGGAUAUUGUGAGUGUUUUAAGUGAAUAGUAUUAAUGAGAAUAUUUUUUGAUGUGUGAUUGUGAAAAUAUGCAAGAUCAUUUGUGAAAGAGGUAGGAUGUCAAGUGAAGAGUACUGAACAGAAUAUUUAUAACAUUUCAUAGGCAAUAUUAAUCUAAGAAGUAAUAUACAGUAUAGUGGGAAUGUUUAUAAGAAAAUGUUUAGUGUACAUAAUAUGAAAAGAUACAAGACCCAUUUGUGAAAGAAGCAGAAAAUUAAAAAGAAUAUUUUUGACAUUUCAUAGGCAAGAUUAAUCAGUGAAGAAAGUGUAGAGCAAGAAAAAAUUUUGUGUAAAUAAGAGAAUAGUCAAGAAUUUUUUAGAUGUUGAGCUGUGUGUAUAGUAAGUGGGAAGUUGGUGCCUUCUGCUGCUCAACACUGGUGCUUCCUUGCUGUCUGUGAGGGAGGAGAGGUGCCAGCAUGACCACUGAUGCCAUGCUUACUGUUAGAGAGGGGCUGAAGAACACUGGAAUGCUGGGCUUGUCGGGAUGAACAGAGGAUGCCUAGUUUUGUGUCAGAGUAAUGCUGCUUGAGUGACUCCUCUUUUGUGUUGCUGCCACUCCUCUUACCAUUUCCAUUUCUUGUUACUUCUGUAUUUCACUCCCUGAGUCUGGUUUUCAUUAGAUGGCUAAGGAAGGAGGUACAAUGAGGAAAGCUGCAAGAUGUCAUCAUGAAGCAUAUCUAUAAUUUUCAUCCAUAAAUUUAUCUAACCUUCUAAAGCUCCAUAAUGACUUACUGCUAACCUGAUUACUGAGUCUAUAUUCACCUACCACUAUUUGAUGACCAGCCUCAACCUAUCACUUUUCAAAUCAAGCUUGGAUCCAAUAUUUUUUGUCCUAUCCUGGUUACUGAAGACUUUUGUUUCAUCCCAUUGUGUAUCUGGUCCUGCUUAGAAUCCCAGGUUGUCUUGGAAUGGCAGAAAGCAGGAGUUGUUAGGAAGAGUAAGGCUUGCUUGCUUUUCAUUAACAUGGUGGUGGAAACAUACACACACACACACAGACUUACAGAGAGGCCUUAGCUGUUAUGGACAUUGCUGGUGAACGUAAGUGCUUGUGAAAUAUUGAAAGUGUGCCACAUCUUGUAAACCAGGUUGUCUUCAGGUAUAUAUUUGAUGCAAGGCACAUGUUGUCAGUAUCAAGUCUUAUAUUUUAUGGUACCUUUAAGGAAAAGACUUAUUUUAUAACAGUUCCCCAUGACCAAACUCUUGAAUUGUUGGUGAGUGUUAGAAUGUUGACACAAUUCUGGGAGUAGACUGUGUACAUGUGUGGUGUUGUUAUGUGACUAUGGAGAGCUUGCAUAAUGUAAAUAAUGUAUGUGGGGGAAAGUAUGAGGAGAACUGAGGUUGUAGGGUUUGCUCCAGCCUCAGUCUGUCCUCACCAUUCCUCCCACAUGUUCAAAUGUUUUAUGGUGAAAUGUUAAUGUUGUUCAGAUUUUAUACCUUGCACAAACAGUUAUCCCAUAUCCCUGUAUGAGUUGUGUUAAAGAUAAGUGUUGAUGGAACAGAGAGAGAGCGAGCUGAUGAAUCUGUUACCUGUACACUCAUCUAGAAAUAUGAAAGCAUGAAAUGAUAGAGUUAAUAUGUGACAGGAACUCAAAUGUUGUAGAUGCAUAAAAAAUAUUUCCUAAGCUAAACCUGAAAAUUGAUGAAUAAUAUGAUGAUUUAUAUGUAACAGGGGAUAAAUGAAAAAUAAAUGCAUUAAAAAGUGUUAACUGCUAAAUUAAAUGUAAAAAGUAGAAAACAACGGUAAUUUUCAUGUAAAAGGCUUCAGAAAUGCAUAGCAGAGUGCCAUUACAACAUAAGUAUAUAAGGGAAAAGCUGCAAGAAGCCUUCAAGUUAACACAUGGCUGCCCCUGUAUGAAACAUGCUUAACUAUUUCUAUCUACAGUCCAAUUCAUAAAUUUACGUAAUCUUUUGAAGCUCCCUGACUACUCUAAAUCUGAUUAUUAAGUCUAUUCCAUUCAUCUACCACUGUUUGAGAACCAAUCAAUUCUUUCAAUAUUUUUUUUAACUUAAACCAACCAUGAACCCAAAAUUUAACAUGAAAAAAGUGUAAUGAUAUGAUGAUUUUCACCACUCGCGGGACUUCAGACUAUUAAUAUGCGCACAGGAAUUUUUACGUCCCUGUCAAUUUUGUAUACGGUUGAUAAGAGCGACCGUAAUUGUCCAAUUUAUUUAAAGUUAAAUUAAUACUUAAGAAUGCAGUGCAAGAAAUGUCAGCCUUAUUUUACUUAUUUUAGUAGCAGUGGGUGAGGUUAAAUCAUAUUGACAAUGUUCGUGUGCUGUUUUUAAUUCAUUGGAGUUCAGUAUUCAUUCCAUUUUUGUAUUAGUUAUUUACAUACCGCUAUUGUAUGUGUUGGGCUUUUGUUAAAUAUUAUAAAUUUGUCUAA